AUGAGCGGUGGUCUUUGGUUUGAGGACAAAAGUGCAGUUGCUGGCCUAGUGGCCGGAUUCUUAGGCGGCUUAACUCUUGGUUGGUUAUUUAGCUCCUCCGUAUUUGUCAAUAAUAGUGUCCGGGUAGUAUCUAACGCAUUUGACAUUGGAAAAGAUGAACGAGAAGACGAAAAGAAUUAUGAACCUGGCUUUUCGGAUGCCGAUGAAGAAUACAAACUUGUCCUUGUAGUGAGAAAUGACUUGAAAAUGGGUAAAGGCAAAGUUGCUGCUCAGUGUUCUCAUGCAACAUUGGGAUGUUUUCAAAAAGCUUGUGAUCAAACACCAGAUGCUGUUGAUACAUGGUAUAGUAUGGGACAACCGAAGAUAGUUGUCAAAUGCGACAGCGACGCUGAACUUGAAGAUCUUCGUUUACAAGCAAAAGGACGAGGUUUAACAACCUGUUUGAUUCGAGACGCAGGACGAACACAAAUUCAACCUGGAAGCAAAACAGUUCUCGGCAUCGGUCCGGAUAUGAGUGACUCUGCAACUCUUCCUGUUUCCACUCAGGCAGUAAAACCUGCUGUUUUGAAUUAUUCCAGUAAAUAUAUCAAAUUAAAUGUUGGUAAUUCUUUAUAUUUAACAAGUUUUGAUACGUUAACAAAACAAGACAACAUGUUAAGAGCUAUGUUUAGUGGCCGUAUGGAAGUUGUACAAGAUAGCGAAGGUUGGGUAUUGAUUGAUAGAGAUGGCAAACAUUUUGGUUUAUUAUUAAAUUAUCUACGUGAUGGAACCAUUAUAUUACCGGAAUGUACACAAACAUUAAAUGAACUACUGAAUGAAGCAAAAUUUUAUUGUAUGCAACCGUUACAAGAUUUAAUUGAACAACAAAUGAAAACUCGUCAUAAAAAAUUUGCUGAUACGGAUACAAUAAAUGCUUGUUGUAAAGUAAUCAUGUUAACAUCAGCGAAAGAAUUACCAAAUUUAAUUAAUACAAUUCGAAAACCGAUAGUAAAAUUAAUGGUUAACAGACACAACAAUAAAUAUUCUUAUACAAGUACAUCAGAUGAAAUGUUAAUGAAAAACAUUGAAUUAUUUGAUAAAUUAAGUAUACGUUUGCACAACAGAAUAUUAUUCGUCAAAGAUGUAACCGGAAGUGAGGAAAUAUGUUGUUGGAGUUUCUAUGGUAAUGGCCAAAAAGUAGCAGAAGUUUGUUGUACAUCAAUUGUUUAUGCAACAGAACGAAAACAAAACAAAGUUGAAUUUUUUGAAGCCAGAGUCUAUGAAGAAACGUUGAAUAUAUUAUUAUAUGAAAAUCGUAAUACACCAGACGAUCAAAUACGAGCAACAUCUCCACGUCAUGCUGCUGCUGCAUCUACAGACGAUGAUUUAGAUGAUAAUCGACCAAGAAAACGUUAA